AUGGCUCGUAAAAAGCUGGAUAAUCCGUGUCUAGUAACCGUUGGCAACAUUAACAGGGAAAAUCUCGAUUUUCUGAAGAAAGAAUGUGAUGCCAAUGCACCGAUGGCAGUUCCAAACUUUAAGGCCAACUGGUUCAAAGCAACCGAGUACUGUCACUAUUUGGGACGAAACCUGGUGACUGUCACGUCUGCCGAGAAGCAGGCGAUUGUGAAUAAAAUAUUGGAAGAGACGGACAAGUACGGAGAUAAUUCCUUUUGGAUCGGUGGUAGCGAUCUGGCCGACCUGGGCAAUUUUCACUGGCAUUCGACUGGCACUCGGAUCGUUUGGCACAACUGGAAUGAGUUGCUGGCUCUACCAACAGCCGAAGAUGCCCGGAAAGAUGAUCGAUGCGUGCUGCUAGCCAAUCAGACCGAUAAGCGUGGCUUUAAAUGGGUGGUAGCUAACUGUUGGGAUGAAUACUAUUUUGUAUGCGAACAAAAAAUAGGAGUAGGUUCUCCAAUAACGUUUCCGAGUUGA